UCGGGCACCGUAGUUUACCCUGCAGAGGCGCUACUUGCAACCCGGAAGUGCAAUGAUUUAUUUGAAGAAGCCGGACUGUGGAAUUCGCCGUUAAACCUUCUUCAGUCUCUUCUUGGUGACGUCUCGUCGCUUCGUGAUUUGUUGCGGUACAUCUAUACAUAUUUGGUCCACAUUAAAAGAGCAAGCAUGAGCAGCCAUCCUGCAGACACUCAUGAGCUCUCCAAGCAGCCUCUUCAAGGACUGAAAUUGGCAUCGCAUGCAGUGCUGGAGAAAGUGCAGCAGAGGGGCAGGUCAAAGUGUGCUAAAUGUGGAGGAUCAAGGAUGUUCUUCUGCUACACAUGCUGCUUAUUAGUGGACGUCAAUCUGCAAGAAAUCCCCACCGUCAAGCUUCCAGUGAAGAUAGACAUCAUCAAGCACCCUAACGAGACAGAUGGCAAGAGCACUGCUGUUCAUGCCAAGAUUCUUGCACCGAGCGAUGUCACCAUAUACACCUACCCCUGCAUUCCGGAGUUUGAUCAAGACAAGGUUGUGUUGGUGUUCCCUGGUCCAGGCGCUGUCACAGUACAGGACAUGAUGCAAUGUUUGCACGAGAGGACAUUUGACCCCUCUGGUGAACCUUGGUUAAAGAGGCGGAAAAUAGACAACGCAGCAGCUGCCACACACACUGCAGAGGACCCAGAGUCAGGGACCACAGAUGAAACAAAAGGCUCGGAAUCAAGGGCACUUCCCCUUCAAAGGGUGGUCUUCAUCGACAGCACAUGGAACCAGACCAACAAAAUCAGCACAGAUGAGAGGCUACAAGACCUGCUACAAGUGGAGCUGAAAACGAGGAAAACAUGUUUCUGGCGCUCUCAAAAGGGCAAACCAGACACUUACCUGGCGACCAUUGAAGCGAUCUACUAUUUCCUCAAAGACUUCCAUGAGCAAUGCCUUGUUCAAGACUACAAUGGAGAGUACGACAACCUUCUCUUUUUCUACUCCUACCUGCACUCUGUGGUCAACAAGUCUAUGGCUGGAAAGAGGGAAGCUGACAAAAGAAAAGAAAAACUGUAAGAGACUAAGCUUGGACAUCCUUUUUUCAAAUUUAAUGUUUUGUCUGGGACAGUAUUUUGAGUUAAAUGGACAGUGACACAUUUUGAUAGUGUUCAAUUAAAAUGGUUUACAAUGACACAUAAGCCUGGUUGCUAUGUGAAAACAAUUAUUGACUGUGGAACAAACUUGGAUCUAAAAGUAGCAUGUGCUAUUUUGUUAUUCUUAUUGAUGCAUUUCCAUAAACCAAAGAAGAUCCUGGCUAUCAAACUGCAAGCUACAGUAGUUUUCAAAGAAAAGCAAGGCUUGAAUUAAUUUUAAAAAACAAAUACACUUUUUCAAGACUAUUUUUUUUACAAUAUUGCAAAUUUAAACUAUACCUAAAAGAAACAAAAUCACUUCAAGAUUAUACAUAUGUCAAAUAUUUGUUGUACUGUACUGACCUUCUUGUUUUACAUUUGUAUGUACAGUAGACAUUUAUAGAUACAAACCAACAGUUGCACCAAAGGACUUCUCUUCAAGCAAGUCCAAAAAAAAAAAAAGUGUUACACACACACACACCAGAAACCCACUGGGGUGGGGGGAACAUCCCAAAUGUUUGGCAAUUUAGCAAAUCCAGGAAGAAUAACUAUUUUAAGAUUAUUAUCAAUCAAGUAUUAAAGUCAAACGACUGUCGAGCAGCCAAGUAUCUUUUUUUUAUUGCCGUCUACUAGUUUUUUUUAAAGUAAUUUAUAAUGUCGUAAAAAAUGAAAACAAGGGGCUGUACCGGCAUGUUGAGGUCAAUACCAUAAUCUGAAUUUAAUAAGCACAACAGGAGUCAUACAUUUAAAUAUAUUUUAUUUACAAACCAGUACACAUGACAUAAUGCUCUACAUCCAUUCUUUCUUUUGUUAAAGAGGCUGUUUGCAACUUGCUCAAAGUUCCAUUUUUCAAACCUAAAAACAUAACACUACCAGCUAGCUUAUGUUGUCAUGAUGGUUUAAAGGGGAACUUCACUUUUUGGGGAAUUUUGCCUAUCAUUCACAAUCCUUAUGUCAGACAAGCACACAAGUUUUUCUUUUUUUCCAAUGCAUUUUAAGUCGUUAAUAAAUGCAAACAAAAGUCUGCUUACAAUGGUGCCCAUGGAAGUCGCUCUAUUCUGCCUAUAAAGCCCUUAGAAUACAUCCUAACACCUCCAUUAAGGUUUUAUAUACAUGAUGUAAGUAUAUGUGGAAUGUAGUAACAGGCACAUUCACAAUUACGUAAUAUUUUACGUAUUUUGCUUAAUUUAAGCAUACGGCGGCGCAAUUACUUUAAAAAUACGUCAGUUUUUUUUCUUCGACAUCUCUUGAUUUUUACUCACUGCAGACUUCAUGAGAGGCAACAAACAUAAUAAAACAUCACUUACUGUACAAGGUCUGCUCUCACUGGGAUGCCGCUUGCUAGGAUGUUCAUAUAUUCCCGUUAAGAUGAAGAAUGACUCAGGGGUGGAACCAAGCAUCUUUUCUUGUUUUUCUCACCAUUUCCGAGUCUAAAUUGGAUGCCAAAGUUGACCAACUUUUCAGAUUAUGUCCUCUUCCUUCGAUCUCUGUGAGAGACAUUAUAUUAUCUCUGGUUUAAAAUAAACUUUCACGAGUUCUGAGGUGACAAAAGCAGCUCACUAUCCGAUGUCAAUACAGCAGCACAAGCUAGUUACCUCUCUGUGAUCACGUCGCAGCUAUAAAGAGUUUGUCUGCAUUAGCGCUUAUAAUAACAAAAUCACUAAUACUUGGUUAAUAUUCAGGUCACAAAAAUGUAAAUGGAGUAUUGCUGGGUAGUUAUUUAGAGGGCUUUAUGGGCGAACUAGAGGACCUCCCAUUGAUUCCGUUGUAAGUAGACUAUUAUUUACGAGUUAAAAUAAAAAAAUACGUCUGUAUUCUUGUCUCUCAUAAUGAUUGUGAACAAUUGGCCAAAA